AUGAUAUUCACAUUUGUUUGGGCUGGAUGGGAAGGCAUUGCACAUGAUUCUCGAGUUCUGACAGAAGUUGCAUGUAACCCAACUUCAGGAGUUCUGUUUCCUCCACCAAGUAAAUACUAUCUUUAUGAUGCCGCAUAUACCAAUACUCGUGGAUUUAUGACCCCCUAUCACAAUACAAGGAGAUGCAAUAUUCAAGAUCGAUUGUUUAUGGAGUAUGAUGAAAACAUGUUUACCAUCAAAGAACAAAGUGAAGGAAUCGAGGAAGAAAGCAUCGAGGAAGAUGUUGGAGAAACACAAUGGGGUCCCCAAGGCAGUGAAUAUAUGACUGAUUUGUGUGAUCAGAUUGCAAAUCAAUUAAUGUUGAAUGCUUGA